AUGUCAUCAAUAGAGCCAAAAGUAAUGAUGGUUGGUGCUAAGAAACAACGAAGCGUCCAAGCUAGUUCGAGGAAAGGCUGUAUGAGAGGAAAAGGUGGUCCCGAGAACGCGUCUUGCACUUACAAAGGCGUUAGACAACGCACUUGGGGCAAAUGGGUCGCUGAGAUCCGUGAGCCUAACCGAGGAGCUCGUCUUUGGCUAGGUACUUUCGACACCUCUCGGGAAGCUGCUUUGGCUUAUGACUCCGCAGCUCGUAAGCUCUACGGCCCCGAGGCUCACCUCAAUCUCCCCGACUCCUUGAAAAAACACCCUGAAACGGCGUCGUCUGGAUCGAGUGUGUCCCAGUCAACACCUAGCAGCAACACAGGUGGAAAAAGCAACGAGGAAUCGCCCUGUUCAUCCAACGAGAUGGCUUCAUCGUGGGGAACGAGAGAGGAGAUAUCGUGGGAGCACAUGAACGUUGAUUUGCCGGUAACGGAUGAUUCUUCUAUAUGGGAAGAAGCUACAAUGUCGUUAGGGUUUCCAUGGGUUCAUGAAGGAGAUGAUGAUAUUUCUCCGUUUAAUACUUGUAUUUCCGGUGGCUAUUCUAAUUGGGAUUCCUUUCAUUCACCACUACUCUGA